AUUCUCUUUUUUUUUCAGCAGUAAUUUCCAAACUGUUUGGGAAUGGGGGGUCCUAAGAUAGAGUUCAAAGGGUCACUGACCACCUCUGACCCAAGGAAAAACCCAGUGCUCAUCAUUGGCCAACUUCGUCACCUGACUGCGCUUUCCUUCAGCGAUGUUGCUCCGAAGUUGCAGCCACGAGUUGAUGAAGAGGCAUGGAACUUGUCAGUGAACAGCCUGCAGCCCUCCCCAACAGACUACUGUUCGCUUUACUUGAAUUUGGCAACAGUAGCAGCCCUUCCAAUUAAGUGCUCUCGUCACAACACCCCCUCACGUACCCACUCCAUUACCAAGAUAAUUAAGACUCAUUCUACUGGUGCUGAUGAGUGUAUUGUGCUUGUGUGUGAACGUUCUGAUGUAUUUGCCAGUGCCUGUGGUGUCGCCAGAGCAUACCCUCUUUAUUCUAGGAAAACUGCCGCAUGUUCCUCAUCAGAUCACAAUGUGACUGUUGAGGUCAUACUAGUUGGAUCAGGAGAUUCUCCUUUGAGUGAGGAUGACAUUAGGAUUUUAAAUGAGUCUGUGUACAGUGUGAGACUUGCAGCCAGGAUCGUCGAUACCCCAGCUAAUGAGAUGCAUACAGAUUCUUUCAUUGAGAUGGCUCAGAAUGUAGGUCAGUCCCUGGGCAUCAAGCCUGUGGUCAUCCAAGGUGAAGAACUUGCUACAAAAGGCUUUGGUGGCAUAUAUGGAGUAGGGAAAGCAGCUGUCCAUGCUCCAGCCUUGGUGGUGCUCUCACACACACCUUCAGGAGCAACUGAAAAUGUGGCCUGGGUUGGCAAGGGAAUCGUCUAUGACACAGGUGGCCUUAGCAUCAAGACUAAGACUAGCAUGCCAGGCAUGAAGAGGGACUGUGGUGGAGCUGCAGCCAUACUUGGAGCUUUUUACUUGGCUGUCCAAGCCGGGUACUCCCAGAACCUGCAUGCUAUCUUUUGUUUAGCUGAAAAUGCUGUUGGACCAACUGCAACAAAGCCAGAUGAUAUCCACACUCUUUACUCAGGAAGAACUGUAGAAAUAAAUAAUACCGAUGCAGAGGGUCGGCUUGUCCUUAGUGAUGGUGUAGCAUAUGCAGCUAAAGAUUUGCGAUGCACAACCAUUUUGGACAUGGCUACUCUUACUGGCGCACAGGGUACUGCAACAGGGAAGUACCAUGCAGCAGCGCUUACCAAUAACCAAGAAUGGGAAGAUGCCCUCGUUGCUGCCGGCCAAACCUCUGGAGACUUGGUUCAUCCACUGCCGUACUCACCAGAAUUACACUUUGCUGAGUUUGCAUCUGCUGUUGCCGACAUGAAGAAUUCAGUGGCAGACCGAACAAAUGCCACCUCUUCAUGCGCUGGUCUCUUCAUCGCUGCUCAUCUAGGAUUCGACUUUCCUGGCAUUUGGAUGCACGUUGAUAUGGCGUAUCCAGUACAUUGUGGAGAGCGUGCCACAGGGUAUGGAGUAGCAUUGCUGCCAGUUCUGUUCGGACAUCACUCAAACAGCAGGAUUUUCCGCAGUUUAGCACCUCUGUCAUCCGAAAAUGGAGAAUGUGAAGUAAACUGUAAAGCCUCCAAGAAGAUGAGGCUAGCAUAAGGAAGACAUGGGUAGAGUUCAGAAUUGGUCGUUUGAGGCACUUGAUAAUCCAGAAUUCAGUGCCGUUACUAAAGUUCCCAUGUCUUGUAUCAUCGCUGCCAUAGUAUGAAUUUGUAAGCAAAGUUUUGUACUAUAAUAAUAACAGCUUAACUGAUUUGUGAGGUAAGAGUGUGUAAGGUGUUUAGAUAUUGUAAAAGGAAUGUAAAGGCAGAUAUGAAUUUUACUACAACAUUCAUUUACUCAUAAACAUGUAUCCAAGUUGCUUAUUUUUUUCAUUUAUACAUAUAAAUAUGAGUUUGAUAAAAUUAAUAAAAUUGGGCAUUUCUGUGUUGAACGCCCAUGAAAUAUCUAGAAAUUCUUGAAAGUGUUUUAGUUUCGGUCACACUUGUUUUUUCUUUCUAACUGUAUCCAUUAGUGCCCAGUGGCUGCUAGAAUUUCUUAUGAUUUUGUCACAUGAAAAGUGGCACAUUGCAAUACUCUUGUACAUGAAAGAGUGUCUAUAAGCGCAUGUCUGCUGUCAGUUCUUUAACCGUUUACUGGUAUGAUUUGUCAGGGUUGGUUUUUCUGGGGAAUUAAAACACACACAAGGCUGUCUUGAUGAAAAUAUUUUAUAUUGAUCAGUGAUAAUUUUGCUAAUUUAAUUGUUGAUAGUAUUUUUCUCAUAUAUUCCAGUUCAUUGUAUUAAAACCUGUGGAUAUUCCUGCUGUUAUUUCUCAUUAUGAGUAUCUUCAUAAUUUUUGUCAUUACUAAGAUGAUUAUUAGAAUUACUAGGAUCAAUCUUAUUUUUAUUAUUAUUUCCUAAUAGACAGCAGACUUGUAAGUAGCUCUCCGUCCUUGGCAUGUUGUCAACAGUGCCAUACAGGCCUGACCAUUCUCAAGGGGAUUCAACAAUAUCACUACCAACGGUGUUGCUUCCUAAGACCCAACAGUGUAAAAGGUGCCACCAUGAAAGCUGUUUUGGUCUUAUUUUCAUUAGAACAAUUAAUUGUCACAGUCAUGAUAUUACCUCAAUGAAAGAUUGAUGCCCUCCGCUGUAUUAGAAUGUGCAAAAUUAGAAUCCAUAAUUGGAGCACUAAUUGUAUGAUUUCCUAAGAUUUUAUUUAGUUAGUUUUCCUAUAUAUAUGUUCCUUGAGACGUUGGUACCAAAUCUUGUUGCUUUGUAUAUUUUAUUUGAGGGUUGAUUAUUAUUUCCAGAGUAAGCCAUUAAUAUAUACAAAUAUAAAUUUAUAUAUAUAUGUAAAUAUAUAUAUAUACACACACAUACAUACCUAUAGAUUCUGAUUCUUUGCAGUAAUUGUCAUUUGUUCAUAGAAGUCUUCUUCAAAUAGGUGCCUUCAGGAAUGUUAUAUUAAGUUUUAAACACUUUACUUCAGUUAUGAGAAACGCAAGGAUGUGAUUUCAUCGAUGCAUUGUGUUUGUUCCAUGCACUGUAUACAAUACCUUAUUCUCAUGGAUAGUCAUGAAUGAAGUCUCAUUAUAAAUCAUCAUUCAUCCAUCUUGCAAUCAGAAUAAGUCGGAGAAAGAUGACGUUUUGAUGUUCCACUGGGGGAAGGAAGAGGAGUACAUGUAUAUUGUAGUACUUGUUCUGAACACUCAUUUUCUCAUGGCAUCACAUCUAGGGUUUAUCACCAUUUUGCCGUUUUGCAGAUUAAAGGUACAAGUUGAAAAGCUGUUUGAAAUAAAAUGAUAAACUGUUUGUUUAAUUAUCUUUAGGCAUUUUUCUGGUGUCAUCAUUAUAUAUGAAGUGCAGUAUUAUAUAUUUUUUUUCAUAAUUUGUAGAUUUUGAAUAAAAAGAUGAAAGGUUAAGCAGUUAAGAUAGUAUUGUGUAAAUGUUAAGAAUUAUAAUGUGUAUGUGAAGGGAUAUCAGAUGUUUCCAAUGUAAAAAUAGCAAUAUUUCUUGAAUGGAUGUAUUUGAUUAUUAUCAACAAAUUGAUGAUGUAAUGACAGCUAUAUUCCCAUUUGAUUUCGAAGUUGAUUAUCUAUUUGGUACAGAAUUGUGAAAUUAGUAAGAAAAAAAAAAGUCAUGAAAUGUAAUGCUCACUGUUGGAUCACUAUUUUUUUUUUUUUUAAUUAUUAUUAUUAUUUAUUAGGUAGAUAGUUUGUGUAAUUUCUUCCUUUCUUUUUCUAGAAAAAAAUUAUUGUUCAUUUGUUUUCAACUUGUUAGUCCUUGUAUGGCUGCAUUUUGUAGAUUUUUGUCAUCAAAGAAUUAUAUUUUCAAACAUGGAAGAAAACAACAAAGACUCAGGCAUUAUGUGAACUGUAUUGCAAGAUAACCCUGUUUAGUAAUUUAGAUUUUAAUUGAGCUACAUAUUCAUCUUAGCAUUUAAUUAAUGACUGUAACAAAGUAAAGAAGAGCUAAUAAAUGUAAUGAAAGUAAAAGAAAAAAAGUGAAGAAAAAA